CCUUCAAGGCUCCGACCCCUUUACUUAAUUAAAAAUCAUAGAUUGUAACGUAAAUAGAGGAGAAAACCCCACCCCUGCUCUUGGGUCUUCUUUCACCAACUCAACAGACUCUUUGUAUUGGUGUUUAUUUGUUGAUCCAGAUCAUCACCAACCAUGGCUACCAUUUCCAAGCUCUCAAAUCCAGGCCCUGCUGCUACCUCCGCCGCCUUCAACUCCAGAUCUUCUGCCGCUCCUCUUUCUUUCGUCGCUUUCCAAACUAAAGAUGCUCGUCUCUCCAAGCUCUCCCUUCGAAACAUCCACCCUUUCCGGGGAUCCUUGAUUGUCAGAUGCUCACAAUCCACCGGAAAUGGUAGUCCAACAAAGAGAACCACUCUUCACGAUCUCUAUGAGAAAGAGGGACAGAGUCCAUGGUAUGAUAACCUUUGCCGUCCCGUCACCGAUCUCAUUCCUCUCAUCGAGAGUGGUGUCAGAGGUGUAACUAGCAACCCAGCGAUUUUCCAGAAAGCAAUAUCAUCCUCCAAUGCUUACAAUGAUCAAUUUAGAGAACUAGUGCAAUCUGGAAAAGACAUUGAAAGUGCCUACUGGGAACUUGUGGUGAAGGACAUUCAAGAUGCAUGCAAACUGUUUGAGUCAAUCUAUGAUCAAACAGAUGCUGCUGAUGGUUAUGUUUCUGUUGAAGUUUCUCCCAGACUUGCUGAUGAUACCCAAGGGACUAUUGAGGCUGCCAAAUGGCUUCAUAAGGUGGUUGAUCGUUGCAAUGUGUACAUCAAGAUUCCUGCCACAGCCCCAUGCAUUCCCUCAAUCAAGGAAGUUAUUGCAAAUGGCAUUAGUGUCAAUGUCACUCUUAUAUUCUCUCUUUCUAGAUAUGAGGCAGUCAUUGAUGCCUACUUGGACGGCCUUGAGGCUUCUGGCCUUAGUGAUCUCUCCAGAGUUACUAGUGUUGCUUCCUUCUUUGUCAGCAGGGUAGACACUCUCAUUGACAAAAUGCUAGAAAAGAUUGGAACUCCAGAAGCCCUUGAUCUUCGAGGGAAGGCUGCUGUUGCUCAAGCAGCCCUGGCAUUCCAGCUGUACCAGAAGAAAUUUUCUGGUCCUAGAUGGGAAGCAUUGGCGAAAAAAGGAGCUAAAAAGCAGAGGUUGCUUUGGGCUUCAACGAGCGUCAAGAACCCUGCCUAUUCUGAUACUCUAUAUGUUGCUCCUCUUAUCGGACCUGACACGGUAUCGACAAUGCCUGACCAAGCUCUCCAGGCAUUUAUUGAUCAUGGAAGUGUUGGAAGGACAAUUGAUGCGAAUGUAUCUGAAGCUGAAGGAAUAUACAGUGCUCUUGAGAAACUGGGAAUUGAUUGGGGUUUUGUGGGCAAUCAGCUUGAAGAUGAGGGGGUUGAUUCUUUCAAGAAGAGCUUUGACAGUUUGCUGGAUACCCUACAAGAGAAGGCAAACUCUCUGAAACUUGUUAGCCUUUAAACCAUAUGUAUCGUUCUUUUUAAUAAUUUGAUUAGUACUGCGAUGAGCAAAUAAAAGGGGUCCGGAGUCCCGCUGUAAAAGAAAAGCUAGCAGGUGAGUGUGAUAUGUAAGACAAAUUAUGUACCAUCUUUUUCAUUGUAAUAUGAGAGAUACUAUUGUAUUGUGUCUGUAUGCAUGUUUGUGGACUUCCGCAUAAAAUAGUAAUGUAAUGUUUGAUCAA